CCGUCGGAAAUAUUACUAUUCAAUUCCCGUGAUUGGAUCUGGCAGUUGUGAGCCUCAUGUGAAAGUGGGCCUCACGGUCUGUCAUGUGAAGGCAGACCAUGUGCUCUGAGUGCCGUGACUCUCGAAGCACCUAGAUCUUAUCAUCGAUAACCCGGCAGGUCAGUCAAUGUCCUCUCAACAUCCUCCAUCUGUCCAUAGCCACAAGGCAGCCAAUAUCGUCGACGCAAUAGACCCUGAAUCUCCCAGCCAAGCCCGAAGAUUUGCCGGGCCCCAGAAACAGCCCGUCUGAAGAAGGAUUGGUCCAAUCAUCAUGGCCAGGAUGAAAUCCGAUGCAGCGGAGAGAUGAUUUGGCACCUUAUCCCCGCACCCUCGAUGUGUAGGCGAGAGGCGACGUGGGGAGUGUUUGCGGGGUUGGAUAUAUAUUUGUCGUAGUCCGCGGGAAACAGACGCACAUUGGAGCACCAGACACCAUGGCUACAACCUCUGUGAUGCAGUUGGAACUGGAUAUUAGACCAUCUGGGGCGCAGCCCAACCCAGAACAGGCUUUGGAAACGGAAAUUCCAGUCAAUGGUGAUGAUGAUCCUCCGGCGACCGCCAUCAGUGCUCUGGAGAGAUGGAACUAUCCCCGACACAACAUCGCCCGUCUCGUAGCCACCUUCUGGAGUUUUAUUGUGUCGGGAGCAAAUGAUGCUGCUUAUGGUGCUUUGAUUCCCUAUCUGGAAUCCUAUUAUGACCUCAGUUACACCAUCGUCUCUCUGGUGUUUCUGUCCCCCUUGGGUGGAUACGUGCUCGCCGCAUUGUUUAACCAUCGCAUCCACAACGCCUUUGGCCAGAGGGGAGUCGCACUGCUGGCUCCAGGAUGCCACUUGAUCGCGUAUAUCGUCAACUCUCUCCAUCCACCCUAUCCGGUUCUGGUAGUCUCCUUCAUCUUUGCAGGAUUCGGAAAUGGACUCACGGACUCGGCUUGGAAUGCGUGGGUUGGCAAUAUGGCCAGGGCAGAUGAGAUUCUGGGUCUCUUGCACGGGUUCUAUGGUGUCGGUGCCGUUCUAAGCCCAUUAGCUGCUACAUCGCUCAUCACAAAGGCCAAUUGUCCGUGGUAUUAUUUCUACUAUAUCAUGAUUGCAUGUGCGGCCGUCGAAGUAGUACUCUGCACGUCUACCUUUUGGAAAUCCACAGGCGCCGUAUUUCGUCAAACCACCGCGCGAUCACAAGAUGGGAAUGAUAAGGGCGGCCUGCGACAAGCAUUGUUCACGUAUCCAUCGUCACGUGUGACCUGGCUCUGUGCCUUGUUCCUCCUGGGAUAUGUUGGUGUCGAGGUCGCGCUGGGAGGAUGGAUCGUGACUUUUAUGACCCAGGUGCGACACGGUCCCGCAUUUGCCAGUGGGAUGACUGCCACUGGAUUCUGGCUCGGGAUUACAGUCGGCAGAGUGGCAUUGGGCUUUGUGACGCCUCGUGUGGGGGAGAAAAUCUCCGUUUCGACCUACAUUAUUUUGUCAAUCAUAUUUGGCCUCGUCCUCUGGCUAGUCCCUCAAUUCUAUGCGUCAGCCGUGGCUGUCGCCCUUCAAGGUUUCUUCCUGGGCCCGCUAUUCCCAGCCGUCGUGGUGGUGACGACAAAACUCUUGCCACGGCAUUUGCAUGUGAGCUCGAUCGGAUUUGCUGCCGCCUUUGGUGGGGGAGGCGCGGCCGUGCUUCCGUUUGCUGUGGGGGCUAUUGCCCAGUCGAAGGGGGUGAAAGUGCUCCAGCCGUUUAUUCUGGGGUUGUCCGGGGGGAUCCUGAUAUUAUGGCUGGGGUUGCCGCGGUUGAGCAAGAUCCACCGGGGGGAGUAGUAGUAUCCAUUGAUAUCCAUUCCUAGUAUAUCCAUCUCUAC